AUGGCUCUCCUUCCAAACAAUGUCUACAUUGCCCUAUUCGUUCGCGCGGAUCCUCCAAUUCCGAACGACUUCCACUGGGCCCUCUACCUCCCCGAGUACGCAAGCAAGGGAACAAAAUACCACAUCGUCAACGAAGGCGUCGGGUGGAUUGCCGCACACGCUUCAGAAACACCAGCUGGGAUUCUCAAGUCUUUCCUUCUCGUCGGUUUGAUACGCGUCGCGGCAAUCAACAGCCAGGAGCACUUAGCCGCCAAGGCUGACGCCCUCCUCCGCAGCCACGAUAAUAGGCUCAACGACAAAGAGGGGACUACCUGUCGCACUUGGCUUUUAGAGAUCUGUGAAGGGGACAUGGAGAAGCUGGAAGCUGUGGUGAAGGAUUGGGGAAAUCGCUUUGCAGACGCCGCAGUCAAGAAUGUGCAGCCUCGACCUGUCGAGAAUUAA